AUAAUGCCUCGGGGAACGGUUCCUCAAAUAGUUCGGCGACCUCGGCAGUCCACCAACACUCCGUUGCGAAUGCUGAAACGUCCGAUUUCCGUAUGGAAGCAUUUGUACAUUCUCUCACAGCACGGGUUCGCAGAAGACAGUAUUCUCCUCUACGAAAUAACUAAUCAAAGCACAAGCUCCAAUCGUUGGAUAGUUCCAGACAAUGAGCAAGAUUUUGCGACUUACCAAAAAAUUGCUGAGUUUUACGAGAAAACGAAAAGAUACGCGCAGGCGGGAGCAAUAUUAAAAUCGAUAAUUCAAACAUUCCGUAACGAACGACCGUUUUCCUACCCAAGUUGUUCAACAUAUAUGCCUCAAGAUGACCGCAGAGAAGACACCGAUGAGGAGCUAAAAUUGAAAGAUUACACAUGGUUCUGCUAUUACAGCAUUUUGCAAAAGUCCAACAAGCUUAAAGAGGCAUAUGAAGCGCUCAAGCACAUACGGGGUCCACAAAUGAAGUCACGCCGAGACGUUGAAAUUCCACGUCUCGUUCGUCGAAUUAAGAAUCAAGAGGAAUCGGAUCUUCUCGUGCCGGAAACAUGGAAAGCAGACCUUCCUGAUGAAAACAGCGCCCGAAUAUGCUCUUCAUCACUGGGCCCAGUGCUCUCACUGCUCAAGAAGAAUAAGGCCGAUUCGACGCUAGUCAAGCGUUUUUCAGAGCAAUUCACUGGUACCGAACGCAACGACGUGUACUGGUGGCUGAAAUCGGCUGAAGCCGUCGGCAAUUACCGAAUCUACGAUGCGAUUGCUUGUCUCAAACGAAUGUCACAUCAGAAUCCACGUGUGCUCACCGAAAUGGCUCGGCUUAACUAUCAAAUCGAUAAAAAAGACGAAGCGAGGCGGCUAUUACGUACCGCGCAUAAUAACGACAGCCUCUGGAUAGACGGAAUGGAUCUUCUCGCGUUUUUGUGCAUUGGGGAUUUCACCCAACACGCCGCACUAAUCGAGAAUCUAGCGACCACAUUGAAUCGAGAAUGGCCACAUCGUGCGGAAACAUGCACAGUUAAUGGAUUUAUGGCUCAGCAAAUUGACACGGAGCUCGCGUGGAGUUUUGCGGAACGAGCCAGGAAAAUGGUGUUUCCGGGCACUGAACAAUACGUUUUUGCCGUCCAUUUGCGCGCCUAUGUGCUCAGAACGAUGGAGUUGAAGUCGCGAGGAGCCGAUGUGGAAAGAUAUCGGAACCAAGCGCACCGUAUUCUUCUUGAAGCCGUCGAAUCGAUGCCAAAUAAUACGGAUUUGGGUGUUUUAUACGUGGAUACCCUGCUCGAAGACGAGGACAGCGGACACCGUGAGGCAAAGAUCUUCGCCACAAGAUUCCUGCACGACAAUCAGAAUAAUGUUCAAGCAAAGCUCCUGAAAGUGCAUGUUCUCGUAAACGGAGUAAGCCGAAAUCCCGACGCAAAUCACACGAAAGAGCUCUUUCAACUGCUGGAGGACGUUAUCACGGAGCAUCCACACAUUCUCGCGGCCUACUGUUUCCUGCUCAACGAGUACGCGAGGCUUAAGAACAGCGACAAGUGCAACGAGAUUUUGGAGAAGCUCACCGCGGCGAGACCCUUGAUUUCACAGGGAAAAACACAUAAAUUCCAUAAAAUGAAAGCGGAUUAUUUGCUGAAAACGAGAGAUGUUAUACCGGCUUAUGAGCAUUUGAUGGCGGCUUUUGCCACUGGAGCAAUGGUUGAUCAGGCUAUGAUUGCCAACUACGAAUCGGAAUUUCUGUCGACAAAAGCCGUCGCCGGUGAUUAUGGAAAUCUCGCGUUUUUGGAUCCGAUACUACCCGAACGACCAUGCAGCUCAAUUACAACAGUCCAGCAAUCGCCGUCGGCUCUUCAAGAAGUUGUAAAUGUUCAUGAGAAUGCACAAGAUUCGUCAGAAGGAGAAGAUGAAGAAGACGAAGAGGAAGAAGAGGAGAUGUUGGUUGCUGUGGCUCCGUGAAUUAUCAUCAUCAUGAGAAUUUCGUCCAGUCGCCCAACAAAAACCACGCGCCGCUAUAUAUUGUGAUAUAUAAUUUAUUUUUGACAUUUUUCAGUUUUUUUCUCGAAAUUUCUUAUUUUUCCAAAGUAGGCUUUAUCUUGUUAGAAAUUAUAAUUAUCAUGUGAAUUUCUCCCCCAUUUUCUAGUUUUUUUUUUCAAAAAUUGAUUUUUGGCUGAAAUUUUCUCAACAAAAAAAAAACUGAACUUAUCAAAGAAUUUUCAGAUUUUCAAAAUUCCGUAAAAAAUCGAAAUUUUCAGCUGAAAAUUUUUAAAAAUUUUUUUCGAAAAAAAAUUAGAAAAAUCCAAUUUCACUAAUUUUAGCAUUUUCCAAUGAUUUCGAACCAGUUUUGGCAAAAAAAAAAUUGGAAAUCUUUCAAUUUUGACCGAAAAUUUUCUUUUUAUUCAAGGAAAUUCAAAAUUUCAAAAUUUUUCAGCCUAAAAUUUUGGGCUGAAAAAACCUGAAAUUUUACGAAUUUUUGAAUUUCCAGAAAAAAUUUUCGUGGACUUUUCUAAAAAUUAGUUUGCCACUUUUAUUCCAAUAUUUUUAAAAUUUUAUUCAAUUAUCCCCCCCCCCCCCCCCCCCCCCCCACUCUCUCUGAAAAUAUGCGUGUAUCAUGUGAAUUUCCUUCUUCCUCCCGCCAACCAAUCCCCACGAUAUUUGAAAUGUAUUUCUAUAAUUUGUUUGUGUAUAUUUCGGCGGAUUAAAUACUAUUCUUUUAAACAUAUAUUGCAAUAUACUAGGGAUUCUAUCGUUUGAAAUGAAUGUUUGUUGUGGC